AUGACGUCUCGACUUAUUGUAACUCUUUUGUCGCACUUUUGUUUGCUCCAUGUGGCAGCCUCCAGAACCAUUUUGAUCGACUGGUUUAUUCCUCAAGACGAGGACAGCUAUUAUGCGGAUAGACAAGCUGCGCCAGGCGAUGUCAUUGUAUUCAACUUUGACCCCGAUGGCAGAAAUGACGUAUACAUUCAUCCCACGGGAGAUUGCGAACGCGAGGAUUCCAUUUUGAUUGCUGCUCAAGGAUCUGGGACAGGAAACUAUACCUUUGUCGAGAGUGAAAUCAAUUCCACCAUUUUUUUCACGUCUCAGGCACCAAUGCAUUGUAGUUUGGGACAGUUUAUUAACGUCACUGUAGUGGAAGCCGCGGAGACCAUGGCACCUUCCGAGUCACCAUCUUCUGGCGAUUCCGAAAUGCCAUCGGAUGCUCCAUCCAGUGUUCCAUCCAAGCUUCCUACCAUGUCUCCCACUGUCAGUCCUACUGCCCCACCCACUGUAUUACCGCCAUCGUCCAUUUUUACAUUGGCGGCGGAAAAGGGUACCUACACGACACUUCUUUCGGCCGCAAACUCCACUGGAGUCUUGGCGGAUUUGGAACAGCUAACGGGACCAUUGAGAUGCAUUGAAUUGCAAACCUUGGCGGGAGUUUUGAUCAGUGUUUCGGCUGGAGAUGCAGGUGUCGUCAUUAAUGGCGGAGCCACAGUCGUGGACCCGAACAUUAUUGCGGACGAUGGUGUCUUGCACGGCAUUGAUGGGAUUAUUGGUAGCUUUGUGGCCUGUCCCACACCCAUGCCCUCUUCCAGUUCCAUUCCCAGUGACAUGCCCUCGUUGGUUCCCAGUGACAUGCCAUCCAUGGUCCCCACGGCCAUGAUUCCGGCUACUCCCACUGUCACUCCCGCGACUGGAACACCCACCAUUACACGAACGGACCCACCAAAUGCACCACGAGGAUUUGAUCCUGGAUCUGGGGCAUCCACCAGUACUAUGGGUAGUAUGCUUUCAGCAUCUGUUGUCACGACACUUGUGAUUGUGUCAAUGAUGAUGGUAUAA